UCCUCAGUAUGAAGCUGCGGAUCCGGGUCAUCAGACAGACGAGCCGGGUGGAGCUUCUGGGAGAAGAACCGACGGUGACGGAGCUCAGGGAUCACAUCAGGGAGACGGUGCUGACGUCUCAUGGACUCAGUCCAGACACGGAGUUCAGUUUGUCUCUGAACAGCUCAGAGCUUCUGUCAGACACCGGCCAGACUCUGUCGUCCUGCGGCAUCGUCUCUGGAGAUCUGAUCUGCGUCCUUCUACCCGAGUCUGCGGCCACUGCCGCCUCGCCCCCCUCACACCCCUCCACCAGCUCCACCAGCUCCACCAGCUCCACCAACUCCACCAACACAACCAGCAGCCGAGCAGAGAGCCGGACUCAGCCGAUGGCCGCCGCCGCUGCCACAUCGAGUCAGUCCAGCAGCAGCUGUGCAGCACUGACGGAGUCCCCUGAGGACCCGGACCCUGAGGACCCGGAGCCUGAGGACCCGGAGCCUGAAGCUCCGGCCUGCAGCUGGGAGCCGAUGCUGUGCAGCGAGGCGGAGGAGGGUCAGGCUCCUCUGUCUCUGGAGCUGCUCCACCACAGCGCCCACGUCUCCAGCCCCAGCGAAGCCGUCAUGGUGGCAGGAAACCUCCUGAUGCUGGAGACCGGGUUCGUCCCUCAGGCGUCCGAGCUGAAGCCCGGUGAGAUGCCCGGCGGCUGGAGGUCGACCGGCGGACUCUACAAACUUCCAUACACACACCCUCUGUGUGAGAACAGCCUGGCCGUGGUGGUGGGUGUGGUCAUGGGCCCCGUGCUCGUCAUCAACGCCACUCUGAAGGUCAACGACUCGGUCGACACGAUUCGCAAACUGUGUUUGAACCCGAGCAGCUACGUGACGGACGAGUGGCCAGGAGAGAGCGCAGCGGCAGCGUUCACAAACCUGAGCAAACUGUCUCGACUGUUCAAAGACCAGCUGGCGUACCCGCUGAUCGCCGCCGCCAGAGAAGCGAUGGCUCUGCCGGUGGCGUUCGGUCUGGCGGCUCUUCCUCCGGAGCUCCUGCUGCGAGUCCUGCGGCUGCUGGACGUCCGCUCCGUGGUGAGACUGUCGUCCGUCUGCAAACAUUUGAACGUGGUCACGUGUGACGCGACUCUGUGGAGACACCUGUACCGCCGAGAGUUCCCAGAACCAGCUUCCAGCAGAGACACAGACUGGAGAGAGCUUUAUAAAAAGUUCCAUCAACUCCGUGAACAAAGACGCGCCGCUCGCCGCCGCAUCCUCCCCCCCUUCCACCGGAACCCCCGAGACAUCUUCAGGUUUGUGCCCCACCCCCUAACGCCUCCGCUGCCCGGCAUCAUCGGAGGAGAUUAUGACCAGAGACCAAACCUGCCCCACGGCCUCCUGCCCCACGGCCUCCUGCCCCGCCCCCGCUUCGACCCCAUCUCCGCCCACCGUUAUCACGACCGACCCCUGAGAGGUCGACCAAUGGGAGGGCGAGCUGGGGACGUCCAGCGAGGAUUCAUCUGAUUGUUGAGACUCUGAACGAGACGAGUGUUUGUUUCCUGAAACACUAAAUAUUAUUAUUAUUAAUAAAGUGUGACGAUGUGUUCAGGGUCUGAGGCAAAACGACUGUUUCAGUUUGUGGUGAAUUUAUUUUUUUAGUUUUUAACUGAAAUAUUAUUUUUCUUUAGAUAAAAACAGAGUUCAGCAGAUCGACUUCUUUAAACGUGAAUGUCUUCUUAUAAUAACAUUUACUAUCUGUGUUUUACUUCAACCGAGAUUUGAGAAAUUUAGAUUUUUGAGGAAAUAUUCAAGUGAAACAUUAGAAUUGAGUUUUAUUUGCUGAUUAAGACUUUGAGGAACAAAGUAAAAAUAUGACUUAAAACCACG